AUGGCAUCCGACAUGAGCCCGGAGGAAUCGAUUGCCCUCAUUAAGGCAAAUCUUGCUGAGGUCCUCGACGGAGAUAUAAUUGACAAUGUCAUCCUUAAGGAGAAGCGUCCUCUUAAGGUAUACUGGGGGACUGCAACGACUGGCAGACCGCAUUGUGGAUAUUUUGUGCCUAUGAUUAAAAUAGCAGAGCUACUGAGGGCAGGUUGCACAGUCAAGGUACUUCUCGCAGAUAUUCACGGUUACCUGGACAAUAUGAAAGCACCUCUCGAACUCGUCGAAUAUCGAGCCAAGUAUUACGAACGAGUAAUCAAGUCAGCUUUGAGAGCAGUUGGUGUAGAUUUGAGUCGUUUGGAAUUUGUGCUAGGAAGUUCUUACCAACUCAACAAGGAAUACACAAUGGACCGAUUUAAGCUGGAGGGUAUCACAAGAAUCAAUGUCGCCCAGAAGGCUGGUGCAGAAGUCGUCAAGCAAACGGAUGAUCCAACACUUGGUGGUUUAAUCUACCCUCUCAUGCAGGCCUUGGACGAACAAUAUCUCGAUGUCGAUGCACAAUUCGGUGGUGUUGAUCAAAGGAAAAUCUUCACUUUCGCAAAGGAAAAUUUACCAAAGAUAAAUUACAAGGUCAGGGCACAUUUAAUGAACACAAUGGUUCCUGGUCUAGGAGAGGCUGCGAAGAUGAGCUCCAGCGAUGCAGACUCGAAAAUUGAUCUGCUGGAUGGGCCAGAGGCUGUCGAGAAGAAACUGAAAAAGGCGAAGUGCGUGCCAAAGGAAGUUGAGGGCAAUGGUGUCAUUGCUUUCGUGGAGCAUGUCAUUUUCCGCGCUCUUGCUUUAAAGAAUGGAGGCACUUCGAAAUUUGUUGUUGAAAGGAAAGAUCAAGAGCCGCUGGUCUAUGAAUCUGUGGAGAGAUUAAAGGAAGAUUACACGGCAGACAUUCUCACCCCUCAACUUAUCAAACAUGCUCUUACAGCCCAUCUUAACGAUAUUUUAAAACCAAUUAGAGAAGAGUUCACCGCAUCGCCAGAGUGGCAAUCAGUCGAGGUGCAAGCUUACCCACCAGAGCAAGGUCCAGUGAAGGUCAAAAAGGUCAAGAAAGAAAUCGAUCCAGCAAGAAAGGCUGCAGCAUUGGCGGCAAAGAAAAAUGUCGUCGCACAGCCGGACGGGCACGUUGAAGGAAAAGAUGCUCAAGAAGUUACCGUUGGAUCAAGCACGAAAGAAACAUUAGAGAAGAUGAAGAUUGCCUCAGAUUCAUAA